AUGUCUGAUCAACCCACCAUUCGCCUGGCUACAGAAGAGGACGUGCCCUACAUCCUCCAAUUCAUCCGCGAACUCGCCGACUACGAACACGCUCUAGACGAAGUCGAAGCCACACAUGAAUCGCUUCUAGCCACCCUCUCAUUUCCCGGCACGCAGCCCAAAAGGGGCUCAACAUAUACCGCCCUCGUCAUCCCACCGGCAACGGCCGAAACGCCCAAUCCCGUACCCGUCGGAAUGGCAUUGCAUUUCUAUAACUACUCAACUUGGCGAUCUGCACCAGGCAUCUAUCUCGAGGACUUAUACGUCCAGCCUUCUCAGCGAGGCAAAGGUUAUGGAUUGGCACUGUUUCGGUUCUUGGCGCAGGAAGUGCACAAGGUUGGCGGCAAGCGGUUGGAGUGGAGUGUGCUGAAGUGGAAUGAACCGAGCAUUAAAUUUUAUAAGGCGCUGGGUGCAAAGGAGAUGGUGGAGUGGGCCAAGAUGAUGCUUGAUGGAGAGGCGUUGGAUAAGCUGGCUGCUUAG